ACUUGAAGAAGCAGUUCGAAGUGAACCCAGAACCCAAAUACAUGGUCGAAAUCGGCCACCAAGUGGACCUCAAAUGCGUUGCUCCAUCUGGCAUGCCACCACCUCGCGUUUAUUGGCUUCGAGGAAAUCAACUGCUCCAAUCGGAUACCGAUGUGCUGGUCACCAGCGAAGGUCACCUCCUUAUUGGUCAAGCACGACCUCAGGACACCGGGAACUACACUUGUGUUGCAGAAAACAUCGCUGCUAAGAGAAUGGCUCCUGUAUCGCAAAUAAUUGUAUAUGCCCACGAACUGAUUGCUGAUGAAAAAAGUUCAGACGAGGAAGAAGAAAUUGAAACAGGUCUUCAAGAAGGGUUCACUGUAGGUCAGAAAGCUAGUGCAGAUGUUAAUACACCACAUGAAGUUGCUGAAGAUCAAGCUAAAGGUAAGGAGGAACAAGAUAUCUUUAUAACAGAAAUAGUUAAGAGUACAAGCAAAAGGAAGAUAACUCAAAGUGCAGAGCCAGUCGCUAAGCAGUUAAGACCUAGGAUCAACAGUAAUCCUACAUCGAGCAAAAAUAAAGACUCCAAACAAAACUGA